AACUACGCCACGCUCUGUCAACGUAAGCACUUACACGUUCGCCGCCAUUGCAAGCAAAACGAGUGCACAGAUGACGAACAACACACAACACUUCACAACAUGCGAUUUGGCUCGCUUGUUUGAACCAAAAUUAACCGAUAACUUUACUUGAAUGUGUUUCAACAAAAGUUCCAGCUUCAGCAGAUAAAAUGUCGGCUUUUAUUGCCCACCCUUCGGUGCGGAUCAGGGGCACAGAGCACACCUACAACCCAGUGUUGUGUCAGGACGAUGACUGCUCAGGCAAGGACAAGGGCACUCAUAUGCACUGUCCUCUCUGCACUGUGGUCGAGGCCUAUCACGACCCUCUUAUCCUACGGGCUCAUUACCGCAUUAAACAUGUUGACAAGGGCAUCGACUUUGCUGGCCUAAAAGUGCUUCGAUGCUGCAACCACUGUGAGAUCGUGGGCACCAUCAAAGGGGAGAAGAGGUUCAAGGGUGCACACUGGCACUGCUACCGCUGCCGAAACGGCUUCAACCGCCGAGACGAGGCCAUCAAACACUAUAAGACCCACUUCCGGAACCCCCACACCACCUUCCAGAUACAGGUCACACAGGAGGUGAACAGCCGACAGUAUUAUGACCAGAGUCCGGAGGCCCACCCUAAAGCCUAUGGAGGGCUGGAAGUGUGUACGGGCUCUGGGGUGGAGGGGGGAGACAUGGGGACUAUCAUGGCGCAGCCAAUCCUCAACACAGCCAACACGGAGACUCUGCUCACUGUGGAACCCAAGGUUUCAUAUAUGUCUCAUGAUUUGUGCAGCGUGAACAACGGGAUCCUAGUGGCGGCCGAAGAGGAGGUGGGGCCUUCCCAGCAUACCCAUGACCAGACCCAGACGCUGGUUCUCAUGGACCCAGAUGGACAGGGAGGCAACCUGAUUUACGAGGAGGCGGCCAGCAUUAUCUCUGAACAGGGCGGGGAGAGUCUGGAGCAGGCCCUACAUAUAGAGAAGCAUCUGCUGGAGCUCCACCAGCAAAACGUGACCUUGCGGCAGGAGAAGGACGCCAUGGAGAAGAGGCUAAGGGCAGAGAUCCACAGACUUAACGAACAGGUAGCCAGUGUGGUGCAGGCCAACAUCAAGAUGUUUGAGGAGCUAAAGCUGUACCGCUCUGCAGAGAACAGCCAGCAGAGAAUCGAUCAGCUGGUGAAGAGUCUGGAGAUGCAACACCGCACUCUCAUCCACACCCAGCUAGCCUCCCUGAGGACAGAGCUUCUACGGCAGGCUGAGAGAACAACGCCCGUCAACGGCCACACAGAGCUUACAGUCAGCCUGGUUGGUGAGAUAGCCACUCACCCUGGGGAGAUGGCCCUCUUUGAGGAGGAACAGACUGAAACAAGGGUAGAGAGGGAGGAAGAAGCAUUAACCAUGGUGGUGGUUCAGAUGGGCCCUGACCCAGGGGACUUGGUACCGAUAUCGGGUGAUGCAUGUUUGGUGGCUGGGAAGAAUGAGGAAUCAUCGGUCCCUGAGCUGGACAGUGUUGACUCUGGGGCAGAGCCCUUCAAGAAUGCUACAGAAUCCCUUGAAGACAAAGAGGGGGAGGAGAAAUCGUCAAGGAAGCGCAGCCCCAAAGAGGAACCCGGGAGGGAGAGUGAAGCCAAACUGCAACGCAUCUGUUGAGAUAAUAGAGACGGUGGUCUUUAUUACUCUCAUCUGUUUUUCCCUUUGUCUCUCUCCAGUCUUUUCCUGGUAGUACUUGUGAGUUUCUUUAAGGGAGGGUAACUUUCCCACACGGGGUUCUAAUAGUCUGCUGCAGACUGAGCCAGGCACAGUACAGCAGUGUGGGAAAACCUCAACUGAGAAACCAGUCCCUAAUAUGGCUGUGAAAGUCAAUGCAUCCUCCACUCCCUGCAGUGUGUAAGCUGUACAUAAUGCUACUCCACUAAACCUACUGACUUACUGUUUACCAGUCUGCUCUGUACAUUAGCUCUGUUUUAGAAGCUUCAUGAAGGAUGACGGUCUGCAGUGAAUUAGACCUAUUCAAAGCAAAUAACCAAGUCAUGUUAUUUUGUUCUGACUGAAGUUUUUGCAAUGUGUUCCAAUGUUUUCAUAAAGCUUGUUUGUUCAACAGUUGGUUCCAUUGUUCUACUAAACAUUAUUUUUUACAGACUGGAGGUAACUAACCAUCUGUCUUGACGAGACAGCCACUUGGCACACUAUGCAAUUGUAGUUUGUUAUACAAUGUGUUGCUCAUUAACUUGCAUAAGAUGUAUACAGUACAUAGUCUACAAAUCAUAUCGGAUACAACAGUACAUCUCAAGCCUAUGAAUUUGCUUUAUUUGAGAAAAUGACUAAACAAAGCUACUGUGUAGUUUAUUGCUUACCGGUAUUCAGGCAUGGUUUUUCAUCCCAAAGUUGUAGACAAAUGAAAAGCAAUCCCUUGACAUGAAUUUGUAGUUGCUGAAUAAAGAAAACAACAAUGUGAA